GACAAGCGGAAGUGGAAUUGUGUCAUUAAAAUUCACCAGGAGGCAUCGACUCCGUGAGAGGUUACAUUAUUGGCGGGCGGGAGGACACACACACACGCACGCUCACACGCACGCACACAGCUGGUGUGCCUUAUCCAGCAGGAGGAGGAGGACGAAGAAGAAGAAGAAGAAGAAGAAGAAGAAGAAGCUCCGAGGCUCCAAUGCGCGUCCUUCGGUGUCCAAUUCCAGACCAAGUUCGAGGAGGCGAGAAGCUCCCCCAUGGAGACCCAUGCGGAAGACUGACACAACCAGGAGGAAGAGGAGAAACAAGGAUCAAGUCCCGGUAAAGCGGAGGAGCCGGGAGCCAGAGCGAGCUAUGCCAUCUCCCGCAGAGCGGAGCCCAGUCCUCCUGCGUCGCGUCUCGGAGCUGCAGCAUGGCGCCCCUCUCCGGACUCCGGAGCUACCGCCUCGCCCCCGGGAGACCGCUGUCCUUCCUCCCCGCCGGAGCUUUGCCGCCGCCGCUGCUGCUGCUGCUGCUGCUGCUGCUCCUCGCCGGAGCCCCGUCGUCCCCGGAGCCGUGCCCGCUGCCCCCGCCGUCGUGCCGCAUCCUCGCCCGGAUAGGACACACCGUGCGCCUGGGCGCGCUGCUGCCCGCCCGCCAGCCGGCCCGGAUACAGAACGCGCUCAACCGCGCCCUAGCUAGCCUCCGGCACCAAAGCGGAGCGUCCGACUCCUCCGCCGGCACCGGCACCACCAGCAACCCGUCCCGAACCCCGCCGCUGCUCCCCUACAACCUCAGCCUGGACAUGGUGGCUCGCUCGCCGGCCGGCUGGGACCCGGUGUCGCUGUCCGGGUGCGCUUGUCGGGAGCUGGUGGUCCGGGAGGUCUCCGCCGUGCUCGCCUUCCCUCGCUCCGCGGAGGAGCUCGUCCAGGUGGAGUUCCUCUCCUCUUUUCUGGAGAUCCCCUUCGUCUCCAUCCUGGAGGACACGGAGCCCCUCGUCACCGAGAACCUGUUCCACCUUCAGAUGUCGGCUCGUGUGCCUCCGUCUUCCCUGGGAAGCCUGCUGCUGGCCGUCCUGCAGGGGGGCGACGGGGCCCAGGAAAGGGGCGCUCAGGAGGAGGGCGCCUGGGGCGGCGCCGCCGUGCUGUGCCCCGGCUGGGAAGAAGGCAGCGACGGGUUGCUCUCCCACCUGCAGACCCACAGCGGCGCCGCCUGGCACCUGUGGGACGUCAUCAACCUGACCCACAUCACAGGGGGAGGCGGGGACAGGAGGGGCGAGGCCAGCGAGGAACGGCGUGAGGACCAGCGUGAAGAAGAGGCCUUGCGGAUCCUCUCCACCAGUUUCCUGCGCUCCGCCUCGCCGAUCUCCAGCGUCCUCCUCCUCGGUUCCGACCCGGAGUGUCUCUCCUCCGUGCUGCGGGUCGCCCAGAGGCUCGCCCCGUCGCUGCCGGCGCUGCAGUGGAUCAUGGGAUAUCCCUUGUCUCCGGACUCCCUGCACACCUUGGGGGGUCCCCUGGGCCUGCUGGCUUACGGCGAGGUCGGACGGAAGCCCAUCAGCUUUUACAUCCGGGAUGCCCUGCAGCUGAUUGGCCGAGCCCUCACCGUGGCCGCCGUGACCAGGCCCGACUUGGCGCUGAUCCAGAACACGGUCAACUGUUACGACAAACCGGCCCGACGAGAGGCGCUUUCUUCGGGACGAUACCUGUCCAGGUUUUUCACCAACACCUCCUUCACCGGCGCCACCGGUCCGAUCCAAGUGGACUCCAGUCUCUCAAGGGUGUUGUCCUCACAGCUAUUCCACGUGUGGAGUCUCAAACGGGGCGCUCUGGGCCAGCCGGCGUGGGUCACUGUGGGUCAGUGGUCCCGAGGUAGACUCGAGUUGGAAGGCGGCGUCCUGGGAAUCGGGGGCUUCGGGAGCAGCCAGGGACAAGGUCUCGGCGCCGGAGUGAGAGGAGGCGACGGACAGGGGGAUUCGAACGUGGGCGGACGAUGGAGGCCGGGACUUUCCGUGGAGGGCCACCGUCUCCGAGUGGUGACGUUGGUGGAACAUCCGUUUGUGUUCACACGCGAGGUGGAUGAGGAUGGACUCUGUCCGGCCGGUCAGCUUUGCCUGGAUCCCAGAACCAACCGUUCCGACGUGAUCCAAGGACUCUUUAACCAGCUGCACAAUCCCAACGCGUCCACAACGGACUGGGAAGGCGGCCUUCCGGAAGAUCUGAGGAAGUGCUGCUACGGCUACUGCAUCGACCUCCUGGAGAAGCUAGCCGAGGACAUGGGCUUCACCUUCGACCUCUACAUCGUGGGAGACGGGAAGUACGGCGCCAUGAGCGGGGGCGGUCGCUGGACCGGUUUGGUGGGCGACCUCAGGAGCGGCACGGCCGACAUGGCGGUCACCUCCUUCUCCAUCAACUCGGCCCGGAGCAGAGUCAUCGAUUUCACCUCCCCGUUCUACUCCACCAGCCUGGGCAUCCUGGUUCGCAGUCGGGACACCGCCGCCCCAAUCGGAGCGUUCAUGUGGCCCCUCCACUGGUCCAUGUGGGUGGGCAUAUUUGUCACGCUGCACCUCACCGCGCUCUUCCUCACCCUGUACGAGUGGAACAGCCCCUUCGGCAUGACCCCCCAGGGGAGGAACAGGAUGCGCGUCUUCUCCUAUUCCUCCGCUCUCAACCUCUGCUACGCUAUACUGUUUGGACGUACGGUCGCCACCAAGACCCCCAAAUGUUGGACUGGUCGCUUCCUGAUGAACCUGUGGGCCAUCUUCUGCCUCCUCGUGCUCUCCAGCUACACGGCUAACCUGGCAGCCGUCAUGGUCGGCGAAAAGACCUUUGAGCAAGUCUCGGGAAUCCAUGACGACAAGCUGCACCAUCCCUCCCUGGGCUUCCGAUUCGGCACGGUGAGGGAGAGCAGCGCCGAGGAUUACAUGAAGAAGAGCUUCCCCGAGAUGCACGACUACAUGCGGCGCUUCAACCAGCCCACCACCCCCGACGGCGUGCACAUGCUCAAGACAGAUCCCCCCACGUUGGACGCCUUCAUCAUGGACAAAGCCCUGCUGGAUUUCGAGGUGUCCAUCGACGCCGACUGUAAGCUGCUCACGGUGGGAAAGCCGUUCGCCAUUGAAGGUUACGGCAUCGGACUCCCGCAGGGCUCACCUCUGACCCGCAACGUGUCGGAGUUUGUGAGCCGCUACAAGUCGGACGGCUUCAUGGACAUGCUGCACGACAAAUGGUACAAGGUGGUGCCCUGCGGCAAGCGCGUCUUCGCCGUGACCGAGACGCUCCAAAUGGGAAUCCAGCAUUUCUCCGGCCUCUUCGUGCUGCUGUGCAUGGGAGUGGGCGGAGCCUUGCUGACCUUGGCAGGUGAGCACACCUUUUACCACCUGGUCAUUCCUCGCCUCCGACGCAGACACACGCUGCAGUACUGGCUACACACCAGCCAGAAAAUUCACAGAGCUCUUCAUACGACGUACGAAGACGAAGGCAAGGAGCUGACGGGCCUCGAGCAAAACACCUCCUCCUGCAUCUCGGAGAACUGCACCCUGCACAGGAAGCAGCACCAGCCGCCCCCUCCGUCCCCCCCCAAGUCGCUCCCCGCGUCCUCCUCCGCGGCCGACAGCGGCAGCUCCUCCUCGCCGUCCCACGAGCCCAAGGAGAAGCGGGUGCACUUUGACCUGGAGACGCUCCACAGCUACCGCUUGCGCACCCACACCGCCUCGGUGCGAGGGCGCCCCGGCAUGGUGGGGCGUCCCGGGCUGGGCCUCGGCGGCUUGGGUCUUCCCAGCCUGGGGGCCUUCACUCCGCCCUCGCAGAUCAGCCUCCAAGCCAACGGGGGCCCGGUCUCGGCGCUGGCGUCCGCCGGGUUGGUGCUGUCGCCGCUGGGGGGUCGAGGCGCCCAGACCAGCUUGUGGGAAGGCGAGCUGCAGGAGCUCCAGGGGAAGAUCGAAACUUUCCGGAAUCAACUGAGGGAGGCUCUAGCCAGGAGAGCGGAGAUCCAGACCAGCUUGGAGAGGGAGCGCAGCGGCAUGGUGCGCCGGGACACCAGCCUGGAAAGGGAGCGGGAGCGGCAGCAGGUCCAAACAAUCAGCACCGACAAAAGCAGCUCGGCUCAGCCCAAAUCCGACAGAGACAGACCCGGCCCGGUCGUGACCCUUAACAACCAUCCCACGAGCACCACUCCGCCCGCUGGCGCCCCCGGGACUCUUAAUUUCGGGAGGAGCACCCAAUUGAACACAAUCAACAGCCUGGACAGGGGGAGGGUUGCUCAGUUGCGCCCCGUUGACGCGCUGAUGGUGGACAGGACUGUGCAGUCGCGCGCCUCCGCCAGUCUGGAGCGCAGUCGCCUCGGCCAGUUGGCCCCCGGGGGCGCCCCGCCACGGAACACUUUGAGCCUGGACCGCCAGAAGGCCAGCUUGUCGCGUGUUCUUAACACUUUGGAGAGGACAAAAGCCAACCCGUCAAACGCAGGGGGCGGGACUUGAUCGACUUUGACCUUGAACUUAUAGUUGUGUCACACGGCCGCGGGAAGCCAUGACCUUCAGCCUCAUCACAGUAUCACAGUAUCACAGUAUCGCACAAAAGUAGUCAGUGUACAGCUUGUACAGGAGUAUCGGAAAGAAGUCAACACUCAGCAAUUAUGAUCGAAACAUCUGGCAACAUGACCCGGUAGCAAGCGUGGUGUGUUCUGGGGCCGCACGAGUGCUGCCGGCACUUGUCGGGAACUGAGGUUCACCUCGGGGGUAUUUUUGGACUCCUUAUUACUUUGAAAAAAAACUGCUUUUAGCUUCACAAUAUCACCGUACACGCUGGACUUCACCUCUUUACUCCAAUCCCGGCAGCACUCGUGUACCUUGUGUACGUUUAGACAAUACCGGCUGUGUGCUAACCCAAUCUACGCCGCCAUACGAGCUGUACACUGAAUACUUUAAAUGAUUGUCCAAGUACUGUAUGUCCCCUUCCAAGAUAUACUGGAAUAUUUGCCGAUACGCAAGGAGUACUUGUGAGAUACUGUAUUUAUAAACUGGUUACAAUCUGAAAUAGUUUUUAAAAAGCCUAAAUUUUCCACCAUCUUGAAAGACGCACACACAAGAGCACACUUCACUGCAGAAAUACUCUUUAAAUGUUCCUUUCAAUUUCCAGACAAUGCCCAAAUGGGUGCAUGAUGGUGGUCUACAAUCAUGCCAGUUCCAAUUAUCAACUAACUAAUGACCAAUGAUGAAUUAUUUUUACACAAAACCGGAAGAAACAUAAUUUAUGUGAUGACACGACAGUUAAUUUUCACGAUUUCACUCAAUAUGAAUGAUUUGCAGUGGAAACUUGGUUAGCAUCAUAAACCAACAAACAAACAGAUGCUAGCUGAGUCAUACAAAAUAAUGUAAAUCCAAGUCAUCCGUUCCAGUAAACCAAAAACAUAAUCACAUGAUCACGUCAUGUAGCGUUAUUAAUGCACUGCGGGAGUCCAACCUUUUUUUUUAAAUCCCAAAACGUCUUAAAUAAUCUUAAAUAACAAAAGCUAGCUUAAUAACAACAUGGUAUGACGUGUCAUGUGACGUCAUCAAAGGUUGACGGUCAAAAAUGUUAACACAAAACACGUUUUCAUUUUAUUACAUGCAGUAAUCACGUCCAAAUUCAUAUAAAUGAUGAAUGAAAGUAAUAAAUGAAUAUUUAAUGUUAUUUUUUUACGUUAAUUGAAGACGCGUUCUAUGUCGUGAAUGUUCAAAAAGGCACAAUAUGGCAGCGAGACACCUCACGGACAUCAUUUUCCUGUUUUGUCAGUUCUUGAACUUGAUAGUGUUUCUCACCUCAGUAACCCAAAAUUGAGCCAAAAAAGUUUAAAGUGCCAGUAUUUUGAUGAAAGAUGAAAACACGAUUAAAUUGAACCGAAAUGAAAUGAAUUCCAGAAAUAACUCAUUAACAAAACAGGAAAAUGUGUCCAUUAGUUGUCUUGCUGCUAUGUCGGGGCUUUGAGAGCACAUAUCAAGAAUCACGUCUUCAAGAGAGGGUAAAAGUACACUUAAAUGUUCAUUUUUCGAUUUCAUUCACCGUUUAUAUGCACUAGGAAUUGUUUUAAACAUUUGAAAGGAUAAGAUCGUGUUUUGUGUCGACAUUUUUGAGAGUCGACCGCUGAUGAGUGAUGACAUCAUAGACGGGCUACGGAGCUAACUUCCUGUUGUUAGCCAGCUAGCUUUUUUUGUUAAAAGCUAAGGACGUUUUUGUGAUUAAAAAGAACACAGUUGGUCGCUCGCAGUGUAUUAAUAACAUGACAAGACAAGCAUCAUUUUGUACAUUAACCAGAAAUGUACAUUAACAGUAGUGUUACAUAAAUAUUCGACACGCUAACCGAGGUUCCAGUGUUUUACUAAUUUACACACAAGUGAACUGCAAUAAUACUUGGUUAAUUUUAUGUUAGAAAUAUUUUUUUUUAUUUUAUUGCUUAAUUUAUUUAAACGAUAAUUUAUUUUUCACAUUAUUUUCAUUCAUUUCGUUUAAAAUUAAAGCGUGUGAAUUAGCCUUUUAUCAGUUAAAUAAUCAUAAUUGAACACUUAAUUCAAAUGGGGAUUUCAAAUGAACCCAAGUUGAAUCAUGUGACUUGCAGACUGCCAGCCAAUCCAUCAAAAGAAUAUGUAAAUAAUAAAGAAAACUGUAUAAUGAUAUUUUAUUAAGAAUAACGUGAAAUUCGCCAAAAAAAAGCUUGUAAAAAACAAUUAUUUUUGAUUUUUUUAAUUUUACCGUAUUUAAUUAAUUAUACCAUAUUUAAUGUAGUAAUAUAUAAUUUAUUAAUAUUUUUUAGCCAGUCCGCCAAAAGAAAAAAAUCUAACUACUAUCCAUAUUUCCGGGGCUGUCGAAUAUGGUCUUGUGCAAUUUGAAAUUCCACCACUAGAGGGAGCCAUUUCACUUCUUCCCGCGGCUGUGGAGGCCUGCAAGUGAGGACAUUUAUGAAACAAUCUAUUUUUAAACGGUGUGGAGAAAAAGAUGUCGGCCACUCCUGCAUCCAUGUCGUGUGUGGACGCCGGUCCGAGGUCAAAGGUCUGUCUGGACAUCCUCUGGAAGGGACGCUCAACUUGAGGCUUUUUAAACAUCUCAGCGCAGCUCUCAUAUUUCCAUGUGGAGCCUGAUUUAAAAAAAAUAUAUACAAAAAAAUACAUUUUCAAAUGUCUUAAUUCCCCGCCCUGAAGAGCUUGUGCUACUAAAUAUAGACGCAGAAUACUUUUCAUCUAUUAGACGGAACUGUAACAGCAUUUAUGGAGAUUUUAUGAUAUGGACCAAUUCAUGUUUUGAAAUAAAGCAUUUAUAUAUAUAUAUAUAUAGGAUAUAAGUUUAUACGGUAUUUCAU